GGAGGUAAUUGAAUGACCACGUGGCUGCACUGGAAUGCCAAAUAAACCUCCUCGAUCUACUUAAAAUGGCUGCUCUCUCUGAAGACGAAGAUGACGAGCUGACCAGAGAUCUAGAAUCGCUAAACGAAAUCUUGCAAGGAGGAAAGUCAGCCGAGCUACCUUCUGCUGUUGAGAAGGCUAAUCGAGGUGAUGAUCAAAGCACAGAGAAACUGAAACAGUGUCUACAGAAAAACUAUGAAGUCCAGGCGGGACUACAGAAGCAGCUGGACAAGCUGGAGGUUGCCAUAGCAGCCAACAAGCAGAAACUGGACACUGUCACUGCCCCAAAAUCUAGGAAGGUGCUGCAUAGGAGGAUGUGCAUGGCCACCUUUAAGAGGGGCAAGUACUUCAGGGACCAUCUCGGCUUUUCCCCGCCCAUUUGCCACGAGGGUGCCGGGGAGAGCUGUGCUGAGAUGGACGGAAUACAUCGCGAGUCACCUUGGACAACCCGUGGUUCAGCUGAGACUCGAUUGGUGGAGGGUGUACGGUUCCAGUUGAUAGAGGGACGCACUCGACCACUCCUGAGGCAACUGGAGACUCAUGAUCUGAGUGGGGACGGUCUGAGUGAGGCGAGGCAGAGGGAACUAGUACUCGCACAAGUGGAGGCGGUCAAGGCACUGAGUGAUGAAGAGCUGUACAGUGACAAGACAAUGGAGGAGGUCAACUGGAGUUCCCUCUCCUACGAAAUGUUUGGGCACAAACGUUCGGGGAAUGAUUGCCGCAUCCAUUGGACCAAUCACAGUUCUCCGUUGCUCAACAAGGAGGCGUGGUCAUCUCAAGAGAGUAAAAAUCUCUUCAAAAUUGCUCGUAAACACGAAGAGAGAGAUUGGGCCAAGAUAGCCCGGGAACUAGGCACUGGUCGCACAGCGUUUGAUUGCCUGAGGCACUACCAGACAUCUCGGAGUCGUGGGAAAGGUGGCAGGCGAUGGAGUAAAGAGGAGGACAAUAAACUCAAGAGUGCGGUGAACCUAUACGGACCACAAAACUGGGUCAAAGUGGCUCAUUAUAUUGGUGGCAGCCGCACAUCCAUAAACUGCUAUCACCGUUGGACCAUGUCCCUCUGUCCCGACCUCAAGAGAGGAAAAUGGUCUGAAGCAGAAGAUGAGCAACUAAUUAAAGGCGUGGGUGUUCACGGGAAGAAGACGUGGUCAAAGGUGUGUCAGUAUGUUCCCGGGCGUACCCAAAGCCAAUGUCGUGAGCGCUACCUGAACGUAUUGGACUCUGACCUCAAGAAGGGUCAUUUCACUAUGGAGGAGGAUCGGAUAUUGCUGGAGGCGUGUCAGCCGUACGAAGAAAGCAACACAUGUAUCCCGUGGUCUAAGAUAGCCAAGAGUUCUCUCCCCAAGCGAACGGACGCCAUGUGCAGUAUACGUUGGAAACAGCUGAAAUCAGACGACGAAGUGUUUCAACAAUUCACCAAUCAGGCUCUCAAACGAUACUCUCACCCAAUCAAGAACGUGACCACCCUCCCUGAUACUACUGAUAUCCCUGAGGUUGUAAAAAAGAAAGUCGAGAAGUUUAAAUAUCGCUACACUACACGAGACAAACGUAAAUCCUCUGCCGUCAAUCUCGACUCAUAUCCAAGUCCUGGCACGAUUAUCUCCUGGGACAAUUCAGAAAUGAACGACCACUUAACAGCGAGACAAAAAAACGCACUCCCGUUUCUACCAACGUAUAAUUUUCGGCAAUAUUCGGCCGCUCUUAAAAACGGAUCGUCAAUGUUUAGCUCUCAACCGCUACACGAUUCUCAUAACUGGGAAGGACAAUCGUCGACCAGUCGUAAUCAUAGCGAUCAGGAUCCAAACAACGACCAAACGAUGGAUGGAACUGUACAGAAUAUUCUCUCUAAUCUAAGAGGGGGCACAACGUCGGCUAAUGUUGGUGCCCCCCUGAACGGGGGGGAACAAUCGGGAUCGCAAUCUUCUCCUGAACCAAUAAUUGAUCUCACUCAAGAUGAUGAUGAUGAUGAUACAAGCUCUAAUGUUACAGCCGGGAACCGCACUGUUGCUAUGGGAACGACCGCCGCCAUGGAUAUGGAGGUUGAUAUGAUCGACAUGAUUAUGUCUCAGUAUGACUCAUCACACAAACACCCCACCACCCUCAAGCCACUUCCGAAAUCCUUUCAUAUGCCACCAGCUGACCUGGCCACUCGGACAGAAACUGGCCCUCAUAAUGUGGAAUCACACAUGAACACUGAACAAUAUACCAGAAACUCUGAUACGACACCAUUGAUGAUAAAUGAUACCGUGUCAUGUGACUUGCGUAAUGGCCACACCCCCACACUCAUCACAAGUGGGUCACGUAUGGGAGCCCUUAUAGACAUUGGUACUCGGACUUAUAGUCGGGACGGGAACGGGAAGAUUGUACGUUUACUGAGUUUUGGGGGGAAAAAAUCUGAUUCUAUGGACACUAUGAGAGGAGAAGGGAAUUUCCCUGUGGGACCACGUUUUGUGUUGCGUCCGCUAAUUUCAGAGCAAUCAUUCGAGACAACAGCUGCUAGCCAUGACAGCGGAAACACUGGAAAUGAAGAAUCAGAUAUGGAAUACAACGACAAUGAGCUUAACGCUGUAACCACGGUUACUACUACAUGUAUGAGCUCUUCUAUUUUCAGCGUGAGUGAAGAUAUUUCGACCAAUGAGAAUGGAGGUCAAAGUAUACUACUCGGAGAUGAGACCACGGCAUGUGUUGUACUGCCAAACGAUUAUGGGAUGUCUCAAAGAUAUUCAGUGGAUUUGCAUAUGGUGGACGGUACUUCAUUGAUUAAUAGUGAAACUGGCAGUGACGAAAGUAGAAAUCAAACAAAUGAUUUGCAUAUGAUGGACGGUGUUAAUAGUGAAGCUGAUAUUUUGAGCAGUGGCGAAAGUACAAUUAAUCAAACAAGUGUAACGUACAGUCAACCAUUGGCUGAUACUAAUAUAUUGUCUAGUGGUGCAACAGAUUCUAUUGUGUCCAACAUUCCUGUUAUUUCUAACUCUGCUGGUGGUAGGAACUUUACGGAAAUUGAACGUGUUUUGGCAGCUGAAUUGCUUCGAUUCACUCCGAGAACGGAUUAUAGAACAAAAGCAGACGAGAGGAAAUUGGAAUUGGAAAAAUUUGUCUUUGAAAUGGCCGGAUUUGAUCUCCCUGUUCAAAUAGCAAGUGAGAAAGACGUUUUAAUGGAAGCUGAUGCUCGCAUGAUUGUGUACGAGCCAAAUCACGUGUGCUACGGUAAAUUCCAGCGUCAUUAUCGUCGGAGAAAUACUGGAUCGAUUAUCACUCCUCUGAGUAACGAUGACCUCAUCUCACGUCAUUUUGCACUGUCUCAAGUUCCCGUACAUGUACUUCCCGUGAAAGAUUUUACACAUAACAUCAUCAAUGCGGCUAUCGUGGGUGACUACCAUUACCGGCUACAAGUCUACGCUACGUAUGACAUACUUAUCUACGAUACUUAUUGUCCGAAACAGAAAUAUCGAGCACCCGCAAAACCACAGAAACGGCCAACAGCUACUAGUCAAAGUACUACUGGUGGUAGUCGAAAACGAAAAAAUCUCGAGAAAGCAAAAAGUCCACAACCCAAGAGAGCGAAACGAGCAUACGUACGAAAGAAAGGUGUGGCCUCUAAAACAGUGGAAGAAGUUGCCCAAGGUUCAAUGGCCGCUGCUAUCAAUGCGGCUAUUGUGAGUGACUACCAGUUCCGGCUACAAGUGUACGCUUCGUACGAUGUACUUAUCCACAAUACUUAUUGUCCGAAAAAGAAAUAUAAAAAACCACAGAACCGGCCAACAGCUACUGGGAAAAAAGCUGCUGGUAAAAAAUCUGCUAGUGGUAUUGGUCAAAAACGAAAAAACGUCGAGAAAGUAAAAAGUCCACAGCCCAAACGAGCGAAACGAACGUAUGUACGAAAGAAAGGUGCGACCUCUAAAACAGUCGAAAAAGUUGCUCAAGGCAAUAAAAAAAGAGCGCCAGCUAAGAGUCAACAAGGAACUCGCAAACAUACUACCAAAAGAGGUGCUUCAAAGACUGCUACAGAAUGUGCACCUAUUGACCCUCCCUUUAUUGAGCAAGUAUCAAUCACACCAGAAGAUCCUUCUAACAAAACUGUUAAGAAGAAGCGCUCAUUCAGAAAACGCAAGUGUCCUCCUGAUAAUUCAAACACGAGUGAACAAAGUGCUGCUCAUCCAUCCACUAGCAAAGCAAUGGAUUCCACCACCAUACCCUCCUCCGAUCACGAUGCUGGAAACAUACCCUCCGAUGUUGGAACCACACCCUCCGAUGUUGGACCUAGGGGCUCCAAGAGACACUCUAACAGAAAGCAAAAGCCUCUAGUGGAAGAUGGUGAUGAGACGGCCACCGUUGUCGUCGGUGUGUCUCCUUCAGAAAGUGUCAAAAGAAGAAGAAAAACUGUUAAAUACUAUUAACCGGAACACUUGUACACUACAAUUGUUGUUUGAUUUGUUAUUAUUUUACCUUAAAUUUUUUUAUACUAUCAAAUAUUUAUUACAAUGUACUGUAAAAAAAAAUUUGUUGUGCAA